AUGGUGAUUCAUAUUUAUAUUAAUUUAGGCAAUAUAUCUGAUACGGAGUUAUGCGAGAAACUCGAGAUAUUAUGUAUCAGCUUUGAUAUGGAAUGGAAAGAGGAAACUAAAUCUAUCGACAAGAUUUGUGCUUAUCUCAGUAAAAGACUAGAAGAAAAUAGCAAACUAUCCGAUACGCUAUUUAUUUUUGACGAUAUCUGGAAAGAAAGUCAUUACAAAUACUUAUCUUUUGCCAAGAAGUCAAUCUCUACUUCACGAUUUAAGUAUGAAGAAAAUGGGCUCAACCAUCACUGCAUCCGUUUACCGAAAGAUCUAACGUAUGAUGAAGCUAUAGAACUGCUUGCGUUACCUGCCGGUAAAGAUACUGCUCAGACAUUGCGUGAUAAUCAAGUUGUCAAGAAAGUUAUCGACAGUUGUCAAGGUUUACCAUUAGCCAUAUCUUUAAUUAGUCGUCUUCGUUUAAAAACUGAUGAAGACUGGAAUAAAGCAAAGGAUAUCAUUGCCAAAAAGUCUAUAAAAAUUAAAUUAGCUGGUUACGAUUUCAAUCUAUACGGGACUUUACAAUUAAGUGUUGAUUCUUUAAAUGAUGAAAUUAGACAAUUGUUUGAGCAACUAGCUGUAUUUAAGCGAGUCAGUAUUCCUAUUCAAUCUAUUGCAUCGUUAUGGGACUGCGAAGAAUGGGAGGCUGAUCUUCACUUAAGCGAAAUGAAUAACAAAUCAUUACUUACAUAUGAUGAAGAAAAAAAUUUCCGUGAAGUUAGGAUUUGGAAGAUUGAGGGGAAUUUUAUUAGACCUACAAAUAAGCAAAUAUCACGCCAAUACAAAAUAGAAUAUUGUCGAUGGGUACUAAUGCAAGAUAGUGUUUGUGUCUUGUUGUGGUGGAGAAAAUAUCAAAGUCAACGAGGGAAGUUUGAAGACUAUGAACGUGACGAUUCGGAAAAGUGGAUUAAUGAAUGUCAAAUUGAAAUGUGGAAUGCACAGGAAUGGACUUGUCGAUCAUUCAAAGUACCUGCUUUCAUCCAUGAUCGGUACAUUGCUACCAAUCAACAUGUCCUGUCCUUAACGCACAUCAACAUCUACCGUGAUGCAGCCUAUUGGAUAUUGUCAUACACCAGCUCUAGAAGUAGUACAAUUGGUCUGUUAAAAAUGGAACAAGAAUUUGAAAAUCAGAUUCGGCCAAUAUUCUAUGAUGGAAAGGUUGAGAAUAUUUUGGUAUCAGGCGAUCAGUCAAUGAUCGCUAUUGACUGUGACAGAAAGGUUCGUGCAAAGUUGGGUUAUUACGAUAUUGGCGAUCAGUUUGGGUCAAUAGUAGAUGAUGUUGACGUUGAGAAUAUUUCGGCAUUAGGCGAUCAGUCAAUGAUAGUCAAUGACUGUUCAAAGGAAGUGAUACUCAAGAUGAGUGGUGAUCAAGUCCAAUCUUUUGUUAAACUUGAUCAAUCUGGUCGAUUAAUGUUUAUUCCUGGUAGUAAUCGAUUGCUUAUUUAUGGCAACAGCUUAGAUGUUAAUGUAUAUGAAUAUAAUUUACAAGGCGAUAAAAUUGCUUGGCAAGAUAUCUCUCAAACAAAAUCAGUUGAUGUUGGUAGACCCCAACGUAACCCCCAAACUACCGUCAACAUAUUCGACCUGAUCAAGUUUGUAGGUAUAGAAGAUUGUAGAAAGUACAGGGAAUUAAUCAAUGGAAUACUUGAAGAAGAAUCGACUGCUGAAGAUUGGAUACGCUUCAGAUAUAGAAAGAAGGAUAACACACUCAUUCUCAUGAACGGUUUUGGCUGGCUUUUGCUACUACUGGAAAAUGGAGACCAUACAGCAAUACUCAACCAAGAUGGAAAUUUACGCAUGAAAAGAUACAAAGACAAUAUCGAAUACUUCGAUCCUUUCACACACACACAAUUCUUCAACCAUGAAAAUCUAUGGUCGGACAAGCAGUUAAUCCUAUAUGAAAAUCGAUCUAGUUUGAAUAUUUAUAACCCCCAAACACUACAGCUACAAAUCACUCUACCAUUCCCUCACUUCCGGAUAUGGGACAUGCAAUGGAAUCUUCAACACUCUCAACUCAUCAUCAGGAGUAGAAAGGAUUACUGCUUAGUAACCCACGUGAAAAAGACAUGA